AUGAAGGUGAAGGAACUUGAACGGUCAGCUGUCCAAGUGUGGAGCCCAGCUAGCCAGUACCCUGUACAACUGGCCACAGGAACAUCUGCCCAGCAGCUAGAUGCCUCCUUUAGCACAAAUGGCACAUUGGAAAUCUUUGAGGUUGAUUUCAAGGACCCCUCUCUGGACCUGAGAUGCAAGGGAAUCCUUUCUGCAUCAAGCAGGUUUCACAAGCUGAUCUGGGGGACCUUUGGCAAUGGGCUUCUGGAAGGUUCCGGGGUUAUCGCAGGUGGCGGGGACAAUGGCAUGCUUACUCUAUACAAUGUGACACACAUCCUGUCUUCAGGAAAGGACCCUGUGAUUGCCCAGAUACAGAAGCAUAAGAGAGCUGUCCGAGCCCUCGACUUUAACCCUUUCCAGGGCAACCUCCUGGCCUCAGGAGCCAGUGAUUCUGAAAUCUUCAUCUGGGAUUUGAAUAACCUGAGUGUGCCAAUGACGAUAGGAUCCAAGUCACAGCAGCCCCCAGAAGACAUCAGGGCACUCUCGUGGAACCGGCAAGUCCAACACAUUCUGUGUUCUGCUCAUCCCAGUGGCAAGGCCGUUGUGUGGGAUCUCAGGAAGAAUGAACCAAUCAUCAAAGUCAGUGAUCACAGCACCACGAUGCACUGCUCAGGCCUGGCCUGGCAUCCAGACAUAGCCACCCAGUUGGUGCUGUGCUCAGAGGAUGAUCGUCUCCCAGUGAUCCAGCUGUGGGACUUGCGUUUUGCCUCCUCACCCCUGAUGGUGCUGGAGAACCACAGCAGGGGGAUCUUGUCAGUGUCAUGGAGCCAGGCUGACACUGAGCUGUUGCUCAGUAGCGCCAAGAAUCACCAGAUCUUGUGCUGGAACCUGGGGAGCCGCGAGGUGGUAUAUAAGCUACCCACACAGAGCAGUUGGUGCUUUGAUGUGCAGUGGUGCCCCCGAGACCCUUCAAUAUUCUCUGCUGCCUCCUUUGACGGCUGGAUCAGUUUGUAUUCUUUGAUGGGUAGAAGCUGGGAUGUCCAGCAGAUGAGCCAGAUUGACAAGACCUCCUCUUCCUUCAACCAAGGCCAGCCUUUGCCACAAUUGCAGAUGUCGGAGCAGGUGGCCCAAGCAAUGUGGAUACCUUCCCCGAAAAAGCCUCCCAAAUGGAUUAAAAGGCCAACAGGCGUGUCAUUCGCUUUUGGGGGGAAGCUGGCUACCUUUGGCCUUCCCAGCACACCUGCCCAUCAGUUGUCUCAGCCUUGCCCCCGCCUAGUCUUCAUCAGUCAAGUCACCACAGAAUCCGAAUUCCUGAUGAGGUCAGCUGAGCUGCAGGCAGCCCUGAGAUCAGGAAGUCUCCUGAAUUAUUGUCAGAACAAGAUCCAGCAAACUUCACCGCAAAGUGAAGAAAUGCUCUGGCAGUUUCUGAAGGUGAGCUUAGAGCAAGACUCCAGAGUGAAAUUCCUGACGCUGUUAGGAUACAGUACAGAUGAGCUUCAGAAGAAGGUGGCUACGUGGUUGAAGAGUAACAGCCCUCAGCCCAAGGGAAGUGAUUUCAAUAGUACCAGGCAACAAACCUUUUGCAGCCAGACCUCCAAACAUACCACAGAGGGAACUUCUGCCUCCUCAGCCUUCUUUGAUGAACUGGUCCCUCAGAACAUAACUCCAUGGGAGAUUCCCAUCACAGAAGAUGCUGAUGGACUCCUGAGCCAGGCUCUCCUGCUAGGGGAACUGGGCCCCGCUGUGGAACUGUGUCUGAAGGAAGAGCGCUUUGCUGAUGCUAUCAUCCUGGCCCAGGCUGGGGGUGCAGAGCUGCUGAAGAAAACACAGGAGUGCUACUUGGCCAAGAAAAGAAACAGAAUCUCCCCGCUUCUAGCCUGUGUUGUGCAGAAGAAUUUGAAGGACGUGGUGUCUGCCUGUGGCCUGCAGAACUGGAGGGAGGUGCUGGCCUUGCUGCUGACGUACUCAGGGCCAGAGGAGCUCCCUGAGCUCUGUGACCUGCUGGGAACGCGAAUGGAGCAUGAGGGUGGCAAGGCAUUAAUCUUCAAGGCCAGACUCUGUUAUGUGUGCUCAGGGAGUGUGGAGCGACUGGUGGGGUCCUGGGCAAAAUGUCACCAGGCCACGUCCCCCAUGGCAUUGCAGGAUCUGAUGGAGAAGGUGAUGGUCCUCAGCAGGAGCUUGCAGGGAUUCCUGGCUCCUGAUAGAGUAAGCCCAGGCUGUGCCAUAGCUCACACCGUCCUUCUGUAUGCCAACCUGUUGGCAUCCCAGGGCAGCCUGGCCACUGCCAUGAGCUACCUCCCCAGUGAUUGUGCUGAGGCAUCAGUUCAGCAGCUGAGAGAUCGGCUUUUUCAUGCCCAAGACUCUGGUGUCUUAGGCCAACAGUGUCCCCCUUUUCCUUUCCCCCGCAUUGUGGUGGGAGCUCCCCCUCAUUCUAAAGAGACAUCAUCUUACAGAUUAGGAUUUCAGCCUUCUCAGAAGGUCUCAACGUUACCUCCAAGACCAAGGCUUUUCACUCCUCAGUCAGUACCAGUGAUGCCCUUGCCACCUGCCCCCCAUCCAAGCCCUUCUCAGGGUUCCAGAGCUCAGAGUCUAAAUGACAGCAGAGCACCUGGGCCUCCUGUUGGCCAGCCCGGUGAGUGAGCAAGGGGACUGAUGACCUUUCUAUUGCAGCCACAACUCUUAGGAGGACAAAGGACUCAAACUCCUAACCCUGUGGGACUCCCUGGAAUGUGGCUUCUUCCUGGUCACCCUCCACCCACAGCACCCCCAGGCAUCACACAGCCUGGCUCUACUUUCCUGCCUGAGACUCCGCGAAUGCCUCCUGUGAGCUCCCAGCCCCCAGCCCCUCCUGUGAGCCUCCCUGCACCAUACCCUCCAGGAGGACUGGGUGUUCCGUGUUCUACUGCCCUCCCAACCACCGGCAUCUUCACUCCUCACCCAGGCUCUCAACAUCCCUGGAAAGAUCUGUCAGCUCCCAGGGGGACCCUCCAGAGUCACAAGUUGCCAGAGAUAUUUAUGCCUCCAACACCAAUUACUGCUCCAGUUAUGAGCCUCAUCCCUGAGCCACAAGGGGGUCUUUCCUCACUUCCCUCUGUCCCUGGCCGUGCUCUCCCCGGGGCUCCAGGAGAGAUCAACCUGCAGGUGACAGGGACACAACUGUCACCUCGGAAGAUAGGGAAGAAAGAACUGCCUCCAGAACAUCAGUCCUUGAAAACCAGCUUCGACACACUUCUGCAGCGCUGCUCCCUGUCUGCCACGGACUCAAAAACAAAACGGAAGUUGAAUGAGGCAGCCAAACGUCUAGAACGUCUAUAUGAGAAACUAUGGGAGGGGACGCUCUCGCCUCAGGUCCUGGCUGGGCUCCACGAGGUGGCCCGGUGUGUGGAUGCAGGAAGCUUUGAACAGGGCCUCGCAGUGCAUGCCCAGGUGGUGGCCUACAGCAGCUUCAGCGAGGUGUCCAGCUUCAUGCCUAUCCUGAAGGCUGUCCUCACCAUUGCUCAGAGGCUGCAGGGCUGA